GGUCAGUAAAUGUUUUAGUUUUUGUCAUCUCUGAUAAAGCCUCAGUUGCCCUUUGGUACUGUUAUACGUUUUAUCUUUUUCGUUCCAAACUGUUUUGCUUUUUCAUCUUUUAUUUAAAAGCUGUCCGGAAAGCACAAGAGGAAGCCAAUUUAAGUUCAUUUUCUACCAUUCGGGGUUUCUUGAACAAAUAACAAAAUAGCAUGAAUUUUCUUGUUUAUUUGCUGUUUCUUCUGCAUUCUGGCAUUCUUGUCAUCGGGAGAGGAAGGAUAAUAGCUACACCAGGACAUGUGAUUGCAUCAUCCAGAUCUAAACUUGGUGAACAAACAAAACAUCAGACAGUUUUGACUGAAGAUGGAAAAGUUUGUAAAUUUCCUUUCCGGUAUGGUGGCUCUGUACAUCAUCGCUGCAUAUCCAACUUAUUCUCAUCAAGACCAUGGUGUGCUACUACUCAUAACUUUGACCGGGAUCAAGAGUGGGGCAUUUGUGCUCCUCUGCCUGACACUGUUCAAGAUUACUGUAAAAGCAAACCCUGUCUCAAUGGUGGACUCUGUGUCAGUGAUCCUCACUUGAUGUCCUAUCACUGCAUUUGCACAGAAGAAUUUACAGGGAAGACUUGCAAACAAGCUAAAUGCUAUGAACCAGUUCAUCUCAAAUACUAUGAUGUGGGAGAUAUAUGGGGAAGAAUCUAUGAAGGAAGAGUCGAGCAGUGUUCCUGUUCAAAAGGCAUUAUUGAGUGUCAAGUAGUACGCUAUACAGGUUGUAGUAUUAAUCCUUGCCAGAAUAAUACAUCAUGUCGGUGGAUUGUUGCUACCAACGAGCCUGUGUGUGCCUGUAAGCCAGGAUUUGUUGGAUCCCUCUGCACCUUCACAUCAAAUACUGACUGUUUUAACAAUAAUGGCACUGACUACAGAGGGACGGCUCACACAACUCAGCUAGGAGCCACCUGCCUUCGCUGGAAUUCAGACAUCCUGCACUUCAAUGAAAGGACUGCAGAGCAGGCUGCACAACUCGGUUUAGGAGCUCAUAACUUCUGCAGGAAUCCAGAUAAUGAUGAAAGUCCAUGGUGCUACAUUUUAAAUGGAAGGACUAUUUCUUGGGAAUACUGCAAUAUUAAGCCCUGUCAACAAACUCAACAAAUAGAUGUCACAAUGACUGUGCAGGCUGUUGAAGACCCUUCUGGAGACCCCUCAGAAUCAGAAGUUCCACAAUUAUUUGUAAGAGUUCCAAUUACUGAGACUACCCAGUCAAAGACUGGGCCUGCCUGUGGCAAAAGACACAAGAAGCGAAGGGCUCCGGCUGGGAGAAUCAUAGGUGGAACAUCUUCUCUGCCCGGUGCUCACCCAUGGCUUGCUGCUCUUUAUAUUGGCAAAAACUUUUGCUCAGGAAGUCUUAUAAUGUCUUGCUGGGUUGUGUCUGCAGCACACUGUUUUUCCAACAGCCCUCUAAAGUCAAGUAUUCGAGUUGUUUUGGGACAGCAUUUUUUUAAUGACACAGGUCCUAACGUGCAGACCUUUGAAGUGGAUAAGUACAUCUUUCCUGAUAAAUUCUCAGUUUUUAAUGAAGCUGAACAUGACAUUGUGCUUAUCAAACUGAAAAAGAAAGAUAAACACUGUGCAAAAAGGACUCAGUUUGUCUCUACAAUCUGCUUACCAGAGCCAGACAUCACUUUCAUUCCUUCCACCUACUGUCAUAUUGCUGGCUGGGGACACUCAAAAGAAGGUGCACAGACCUAUGAAAAUCACCUACAAGAAACUGUAGUUCCUAUAAUUUCUUCCAAACAUUGUAGCAGUCCAGAAGUCUAUGGUAAUGCCAUCACUGAAAAUAUGUUAUGUGCGGGACAUCUUGACUGCAGGAGAGAUGCCUGCCAGGGAGAUUCAGGGGGACCACUGGCAUGUGAACAGAAUGAUAUCUUUUACUUGCAUGGAAUCAUCAGCUGGGGGGAUGGCUGUGCCAGAUCAAACAAACCAGGGGUGUACACCAGAGUCUCCAGAUAUAUGGACUGGAUUAAAAGUAGCAUAAAACCAAAGCCUAAAGCCAACGAGGAACAAAUGCAACAAAUUCCGCUGAAGUGAUUUGUACAGUAGUUAGAAUUUGUGUGCAUUGCAUGGAUGUAACAAAACCUUUCAAACUCAUCUUAAAUUGUUGAUGUCAUGUAUUUACCUGUUUUAAAACCACAAAACUGCAGUUGUAUGUUAAAAGAAAAUAUCUGCAAUUUUGCUUAGAUUUUUUAUUUUAGUUAAAUGCCUUUAUUUUGUUUUGUGUUUGUAACAGAAAAAUGCAUGUUUUAAGGUGGAUGUUUCUUUUGUUGUCAAUUUACGAACAAGUACCAUAUUUUUAUCAGAAAAAAAUGGGGAAAUCAAAAGGUGUCAUGCAUAAGAUAAAUCAGUCAGUCCAUUGAUUGGUAAAUUCCUAUAAAAAGUGAACAAAC